AAAGAUUACACUUUCACAGACAAUCCUCUAUUGGUAUCGGUGCGUUAUACGCAAGACACGCUUAUUUCGGCAGCGCUGGCGUAAAGCAGUGUAAUAAGUUUGUGCUGGAAUAGUUGGAGAGAUGGCGGUCGUCCUGCUACAGGCCCUGGAGCGGACGGAGCUGAACAAACUCCCCAAAGGCGUCCAAAAUAAGCUGGAGAAGUUUGUAACGGAGCUACAGAAUGCUAACGAGGCGCUCAAGACUCAGCAGGAGCGAUUCAAAGCUGAUAGUGAGCAGCAGUACUUUGACAUUGAGAAGAAACUGGGGGAGAGUCAGGAGCAGAUGGUGUCCGCCACUAAAGAUCUGCAGACAGUCAAAGAGGAAAAUAAAAGACUACAUGAAGAGCUUAGUACUCUAAAGGGCAUAGAUGGAGACACCCCUGAAGAUAAAGUCCCACCGCAGCAGGCCAAAGCCAGGUAUGAGCUUGAGGCAGAAAAAAGAGAAUUGGCGAGGACGCUGGAGAAGAGAACUCAAGAGGUGGACAACCUCACUGAGGAUGUAAAGUGUCUGAAUGAGAAACUGAUGGAGACCAACAAGGUCAAGGUAGAGCUGCAGUUAAAAGUGGAUGAGUUGCAGUCCUCUGAGGCGUCUGUGCAGCACCGGGAGAAACGCAUGGAGCAGGAAAAGGAGCUCUUGGAUAAGAAAAUGGUGUGGUUAUCGGCAGAGCUGAAGACCAAAACGGAGGAACUGCUUAACACCAACAGAGAAACGGGCAAAGAGAUUCUGGAGCUGCAGGGUAGUCUGAAGAGCAAGACUGAGCAGUUGACCAGACUGGAAAGUCAGCUCAGUUCUCUGAAGCAGGCCAGUGAAAGCAAGCAACAAAUAGCUGAAGACCUCAACAAGAAACUGAAACAGGCAAAGGAUGAGCUGAGCAGCAUGGAGGAGAAAUACCGGAAUGAGCUCAAUGCUCAUGUCAAGUUGUCUUCUCUCUACAAGGGAGUGGCAUCAGACUUGGAGACUAAGAAUGAGGAACUGAGCAGAGCCGUCGAAGAGCUCAGCAAGCUGGUUAAAAGCACUACGGAAGCCAACAAAAUGUUGGAAAAGAAGGCGUCUGAUGCAGAGGAACUGAAGAGCCAGGUAGAAGCGGAGCUUGGCGAGAAGAUCAAGAAAAUGGAGAAAGAGCUGGAGAACUCUUCCGUGAAGGCUUCUGGCAGACAUUGCUGUGUGCCUUCUUUGACGGAGGAGCAGCUGGCGUCCAUGUGUCCGUCUGCAGCGGCCAUCGCCGCCAUUGUCAAGCCUGGCAUGAAGUUCUUUGAUCUGUACAACGCGUACUCCGAGUGUCAGACUCAGCUGCAGCUGGAGAAGCAGGAGACCAGAAGGGUGAGCAAAGUGUUGGAUGACAUCGUCCAGGAGGUGGAAUCCAAAGCGCCCGUCCUCAGACGUCAGAGAGAAGAGUACGAGAACAUGCAGAAUUCCAUGGCCUCCCUGUGGAACAAACUAGAGCAGGCUCAAACGGAGCUCUACAGUUUACAGAAAGACAAAGACGAGGCCAAGCAGCUUUGUGACAACUUGGAGAAGGACAAGCUGAGGACAGAAAGACUUCUGGAGGAUACAUCUACACAAGUGUGUACACUCCUGGUUGAGUUAGAGGAAGCGAGGGGCAAUCAGGUGACCAAAGACGACGGCGGCUCAGCCGACAUUUCCAGCACCUCUGAGGUCAUCAGGCCGCAGCAGCUUUCCUUCCGCAGUGUAGAAGAGCUCCAGAGGCAAAACCAAAGUCUGCUGGAAAGGCUGAGGAAAUUGGAGGAUGAGAAGAGCAGGCAGCAAACCCAUAUAACUUCAGCACGUUUGUCCGAGUUGGAGACCAGUGUGAAUAAACUGGAGGCGGAGGUGGCGCAGCUGAGAGAGCAGAAGAACCAACAGAAACAACUUGCUGAUUCCAGUGCCAGACAGAGGGACAUGUACAAAGCCUUGCUCACACACAGCACUGGCUUCAUCCUGCCCCCUCAAGGUCCAGACUCUACUCACCCUGCACCCGGUCGGCCGCCAGCCCCAGUCACACGUUCCACCCCUCAAAGAGCUGCUGCUGCAGAGUCGGCUCAGACCGCUCAGGCCAAAGCUGCUCUAAAGCAGCUAAGUGACUCCUUCACCUUGUAUAAGAAAGAAAAGGCAGAGAACGACAGGAUGUUGAAUGACUCGCAUGACAGACUGGAAAGGCAGCUGACUGAGGUCCGCGCCACUAACGCCAAACUCACUUCUCAGCUGGAGUUUAGCAACAAAAGGUAUGAAAUGCUCCAAGAGACUGUAACGGCCUUCCGUCGAGAGGUCGUCACACUGCAGGAAAGGAACCAAAAGAUGGCUUCAACAUCCCAGCAACAUGAGCACAUUAUUCACACCAUGAGCCAGGACUUGCGACAAACGAAUGAAAAACUUGCACUCGAGGAGGUGCGCGUGGAGAACUUGAGGAAAGAGAGAGACAUGUUAAAACAAGCAGAGAGUCGACUGAAUGGAGAGAAGGAGUCCAUGCUGGCAGAGCAACGUAACCAGAACCUGCUGCUCACCAACCUCAAGACCAUUCAGUUAACUAUGGAGCGUACAGACACACAAGCACGCCAGAGACUAAGCAAUAAGAUACAGCAGCUGGAAACCGAACUGGCCUCGAUGAAGACUCGGCUGGACCAGGAAGUAACUCGGAGACAUUCACUUGGACGUAUCAUGGACGCUCAGUUGGUAGAGGCUAAGAAGCAACUUGAAGCCCAGAACACCUUGCAGCAGAAGACAAGGGAGUUGUUAAAGAACUCUGAACAGCAGAUGGCUGCUUUGAAAGCUCAGCUAGCCUCUACGUCAUCGACGGAGGCCGCUACCACCCCCGUAACCAGAGCAGCAGCACUCCGAACGCCCGUCCGAGUGCGCUCUCCAGUGCAGACCCAACAGCAGCCUGGCCCAUCAGAGCAGGAGCUCGCAGAGGUCAAAGGUCAUCUGCGUACGGCUGAGGAACAGAACACCAAGCUAGCAGAACAGCUAGCUAAUGCUAAUGCAACUGUCGAGCAGUACAGGGCCGUGGUACUGACUCUGGAAGACAGUCUGAAGAAAGAGAAGGAGCAACGCUCUCCUCUGGAGAUGAGGCUGAAGGAGUCUGAGGAGAUCCAGAAGCAACUAGAGGAAAGAAUAUUGGAGGUGGAGAAACAGAAUCAACAAGAGCAAGAAGAUAGGAGGAAGGCUUUGGACGCAGUGGAGAAACAGGUGAAUGAGUUGCAGCGCAGUCUGAAAGCAAGCCAAACAGAGCAGCAGGAGGCGCUAGAGAGAGCUGCAAAGGCUGUCACGGUGGAGCAGAAGGCCAUACAGGAGAGCCUGCUGCAGACUAAGCACGCUGGUGAGGCUCAAGCCAAGUACGAGCGGGAGCUGAUGCUCCAUGCUGCCGAUGUGGAGGCCCUCAAGGAGCUGAAGAAAACAUCUCAGCUUGAGGCAACACGGAGGAGAGACCUGGAGGAGCAACUGAGCAAGGCCAACUCACUCGUGCAGGAGGGAACGUCCACCUCGGCCACUUUGGAGAAGCAGCUGAAGGACGAAUUAGCCAGUCAGCGUCAUCGCUGUGAAGAGCUGGGGAAGCAGAACACUCUCCUGCACCAACAGAUGGAUGAGAUGGCAGCAAGGAGUCGUCAGCAGCAGCCUCAGCAGCUUGACCUAUCGUUCAGUGAAGAAGGGAAGACCCCUGAGCAGAUACUAGAAAUACUCAGGUUUGUGCGGAAAGAGAAGGAGAUUGCUGUUGCCAGAGGUGAGGCCUCAGAAGGAGAAGCCCUCCGCUACAAACAGCGAGCAGAACACCAAGAUCGGGAACUUAAGGAGCUGCAGGAAGCUCUCAAUGCUGAGAGGGAGAAGAUGCGGAACACAACAAAGACCGUGGCUCAGCAGGAGGCGCAGCUGAAAAACCUGGAGAAAGUCGGCGCGCUCCAAGAAACCGUCAAGAUGCUGAAGAUGGAGCGAGAGAAGUUAGAGCAGGAGUUGCAGCAGGCACUGGCCAAAGUGAACAAGCUCGAGGUCAACAUCAGCCCAUUGCACGAGUCCAUGGCUCAGCUUUCAGACAGAAAUGGCUCCCUGCAGGCUGAUAAAAGGUUGCUAGAGGAAGACCUUAAACACUGGAAAGCCAAAGUACAGAAACUGAUUAGCCAGCAGAAAGACGGGGACGUUGAGGAGAAGCAGAAACUUACCGCCGAAAAGGAGGCACAGCAGAAGCGCAUCAGCCAGCUUGUUGAAGAGGUGGCUAAACUGAAGACUGAGCUGGCCAGAUGUAGCACCAGCAGCAACUCGGCCCAGUCUCAGCUGAAAGGACUUAGAGAGUCUGUGACCCGUCUGACAGCAGAGAGAGACACUCUAAAGAAAGAAGUGGGAACCAAGAACAACGAUAUUCUGGAGAAGAACAAAACCAUCACACAGGUGAAGAAGAUCGGACGUCGCUACAAGACCCAGUUUGAAGAACUGAAAGUCCAGCAUGACAAGCUGCUAGCGGAAACGGCAGCUAAAACACAGAGUGAACCAAGUCCCAGUCAGGAGGCGCAACAGGAGCUCGUGAAAAGCCAAGAGGAGCACAGCAAGGUCAAAGGGGAGCUGAUGGCGCUGAAGGGAGAGAUGCAGAAAAAAAUGGAGGAAGCCAAGAACUCUCAACAGGAGCUUCAAAAUGCCCAGAAGGAAAACCAGCAGACCAAGGAAAAGAUGCAGGAGAUCCAAAACCAGCUAACGCAGCUUCAAACCCAGUUGUCCCAGACACAGACGCAGCUGCAGCAGAGUCAGAAAGAGCUUCAGCAAGCCAAGGUCCAUGCGCAGCAGAUGCAGAACCAGAUGAAAUCAUCUCAGUCUCAAGCUCAGGCGCGCCACAACCAGAUCCAGUCCAUGCAGAAGGAGCUCCAGCAGGCUAAAGAGUCUCUCCAGCAGAACCUCACAAAUCAGAAAGAGCUGCAGGAGACCCACCAAACUCACCAACAGGAGGUUAGCAACCUGAAGACGUCUUUGAGCCAAGCAGAAUGUCAGGCCUCUGACCUCCAAGGCCAGGUGGACACCCUGCAGAAAAUGAUGGACGAGCGAGAAGCAGAAAGCAAGCGCCUGCAGGAACAGCUGCAGGAACUAAACCAAGCUAAUGAAGUUCUCCGAGAUGCACAGGCGAACCAGAAUCAGAGUAUCCCGCCAGCUCAGACCAGCGACAGUAACACCGCAACUGAUGCACAUCAGGCACUACAAGACGAGCUUGCAAAACUCAGACAGGAGCUGACUGACAGCAAGGUUAGGGAGGAGCAGCUCAGACAGCAGAUGGCGGAUAAAGAGGAGAAGACGAAGAAGGCCUUUGUUGGAGCCAAGACCAAAAUCAACCAGCUAAACUCUGCUAAAGAGAAUUUGAGCAAGGAGGUGGAAGAGCUGAAGCAGAGCAAGGAGGAAUUGGAGGUAAGGAUGAAUGCCCUGAAGUCCCAGUAUGAAGGACGGAUUCUUCGACUUGACAAGGAAAUGAGGGACCUGAGAGAGACUCAAAGUCACAAUGAGCCCAGAGAGGAAUGCCAGGACCAGAGUGGCUCUAAGGCGGGCGAUCAGAACAGAUCGAUGGACCAAAAACAGAUCUCUCUGAAGAGUCCAGCCCAGGACAGAACCAGCUCAAGCCUGUGUGAAACCCCCACUGCCAAUAUCCGGCCCACUCCGAGUACUCCAUCUCCAAGCAACAAACCCACCCCAUCCCCUGGCAGCAAGUCAACCCCCCGUGCCAGCAUCCGACCCAUGGUUACCCCAGCAACUGUCCCCAUGCCAACACCCACUGCCACUGUCAUGCCAACCACUCAGACUGAGAGCCAAGAGGUGCUGAUGACCGUGGGAGCGACUGUCCACACCGUCAUCUCUGGUCUUAACACACCGACGGCCAUAGCGCAGCCAACCAGCACGCAGGCCACUGCGUUUGUCCAGCCCACCCAGCAGCAGGCAGCCGCCCAGGACGUUGGCUCCAGUGUGGAGACUGAGCGACCUUCUACGUCCUCCUCUCUGAUUGGAGCCGGAUCCAAACGCAUCAGAGAGGACGAGGCCGAGGAAGCCGAGGUCCAACCAGAGAGUUCUCACGCUCCGACCACUGCCAAAAAACUCAGACUGAGACCCUCGAUAGCCCUGCAGGUGGAGGUUGAUGAUGAGAUGGAUGAAGAUUUAAGGGACGAAGGUGAAAGACAAGCGUCACCAGAUAACAGUCAGGAGCUGCCAGAAGAUGGUUUCCCCGUCAUCCCGGAAGAGGACGACACGGAGGACGAAGGCAUGUCCCAGUCUGUCCCUUCGGAUCAGACGUCCCCCCAGGAGUCAAGUAUGACUCGUGAAGUCAUCGUUAUUGACACGGACAGCGAAAGCCGUGAGAGCAGAGUGGAGGGAGGAGAGAAAGUGGAGAACACUGGUGAAGAGGAAGACGAGGAUGGGGAAGAAGAGUACAAGGUGGAAGAGGAUGAAGAAGAUUAUGCGAGGAAGGAUGGAGAAGAGAGCGAGGAGGACGACGUGGGGGCUGAAGAGGAAGGGGAGGAGCCAUUGGUUCCCGCCAUUGCUGAGGAGAACGCUCACGGCUGUCAACCCACCCUCACCAACGCUGAGCCAGAAGGCCAACGAGAGCCUGCACACCUCCCCCCCACCGCCACCCCAUCGGCCCCCUCCCCCUCUUUACUCACACUCCGCCUACCCCAACCCAGAAGGCCCUCCCACCCGCUCCCACCCCGCCUCUACAUCCAGCCCCCACCUUCUGAGCUGGGACCCCCCCACAUGCAGAGGCAGACCUCUCAGCUCAGACGUCCGUCGUUGGGCCGUGGACCCCAGCUGACACCCGGUGUCGGUAGCAUGCAACAUUUCUUUGACGACGACGACAGGAUGGUUCCCAGUACUCCCACCCUCGUUGUCCCUCAUCGGACUGACGGCUUUGCGGAAGCCAUCCAUUCUCCUCAGGUAGCAGGUCUCUCCACCAGGUUUAGGUUUGGGCCGCCAGAAGACCUGCUCCCUCAGACAUCGGCGUCCCACUCAGACCUGGGACAGUUGGCCUCUCAAGGAGGUCUGGGGAUGUACGAGUCUCCGUUGUUCCUGGCUGCCCAUGAUGAAGACGGAGGAGGAAGAAGUGUUCCCACCACGCCUUUGCAGGUGGCUGCACCAGUGACGGUCUUCACAGAGUCUCUGCCGUCAGACAGCGGGGACAGCAUGGCGUCCCAGUCCGUUCCCAUGGUAACAGCCUCUACUGGGAUGUCCGCACCCGGAGACGACGGGGAUGAGGUCUUCAUGGAGCCGGAAGGAGACGGUCCUCCCGCUGAGGCGUCUUUGGACGGACACGCUGACGUGGAGUCAGCAGGACAGCAGAGUGAAGACGCCUCGCUUCCAUCCACCAGCCAGGAACCUGACAUCAGCGGCAUCACCCAGAGGCACACAGGGACCAGUCAAGCUGUGAUCAGCACCCCAUCCAGCAGAGGAAGCAGGGGGGCGAGGGGGGAAGGCCGCUUGUUAAUCAGUCGCAGAGGAGCAAUCGGUCGAUCAAGAGGAGGAAUGGGCAGAGGGGCUUCAUAGAGUCUGUGGCCAAAAUACACGUUCUGUAACAAUCUGUCAUUUUAUUAGUUAGGAGUUUACUUUGUAAUACCACCAUCUUGUUCUAAUAAAGGAGAAUGUUAAGUUUGUGGUACAU